UCCAAACUCCAAAGAAUGUUCUCCAGAGUCCACAAUCCAGAGUGUUCUUCACCGUGAAGACCAUGGAGUCUUCACAGUGACGGACUCGCAACGUCCAAAACGGUGGAAAGUCUACGCCGUAAAUCUCCUCGCGGCUUCCUUCCCCAAGCCCUUUGCUGUCGUUGCUGGCCUCACUCAACCCUCGCCACUCGCCACUCACCGCUAGCCUUGCUUAACGCUCGCCGCUCACCGCUAGCCUCGCUCAACUCUUGCCGCUCGCCAGUUGACGCUCGCCCCACUCGAUGCUCGCACUUGCCGCUCGCGCUCGCCACUCGCGUCGGUCGCCUCGCUUAUCGCCGAGGAAAUCAGAAGGAAAAAGAAGAAGCCCUAAUUAGAAACCCUAACGCUCAGCUCGCCCUUGCUUUCCGAACACAACUUGGCUAGUAUUAGUCGCCACUCGCCACUCACCGCUAGCCUUGCUUAACGCUCGCCGCUCGCCGCUAGCCUCGCUCAACUCUUGCCGCUCGCCAGUUAACGCUCGCCCCACUCGAUGCUCGCACUUGCCGCUCACCACUCGCGCCGGUCGCCUUGCUUAUCGCCGAGUAAAUCAGAAGGAAAAAGAAGAAUCCCUAAUUAGAAACCCUAAUGGUAUUUAUAGUUUAGUUGCACAAUGCCGCAUUGUUGAUGGAUGUUCCUAAUCUUGCAGAGUUGGAUGUUCGAUUUGCUUUUUGUGAAGGAACUGAUUUUACUGAGGGACAAUAAGAAUCUGGACCGAAUCGGACAGGGGAUUACUGAUUUGAUAUUGUGGAGAGAUGUCGCGAAAUCGACACUCUGGUUUGGUGUAGGGUCUCUCUGCUUCUUGUCUUCUUGCUUUGCUCAAGGAAUCAGCUUCAGCAUUUUCUCUGCAAUUUGCCAACUGGGGCUUCUCUUGUUGGGGUUAUCUUUCUUCUCCAAUUCCAUCUGUCAAAGGAAUAAUAUUGAGAAGAGGCGUGACAUCCAGUUAAAAGAAGAUGACAUCUUGAGAGUGGCUAGAUUGAUACUUCCUGCUGCUAAUCUCGCAAUUUCAAAGAGGCGAGAGCUUUUCUCGGGAGAGCCAUCCAUGACCCUAAAAGUAGCUCCGUUUCUCCUUCUUGGAGCUGAAUAUGGCCAUCUCAUCACGCUUCGGAGGCUAUGCGCAAUUGGGUUCUUUGUCAGCUUCACCGCCCCGAAACUAUACUUGCGCUAUUCAGCUCGGAUAAGCCAAAAAGUUGAGUGCUCCAAAUGGUGGGUUCUUGAAGCGUGGGUUGCUUGCUCCCACAAGAAAAUCGUGGCCGCAUCAGCAAUCAUGGCCUUCUGGAACCUGACGACUAUAAAAACUCGCUUGCUCACAGCGUUCAUAUCUGUCGUGGUUCUGCGUUACCAUCGACAACAUUCGGGAGCAAAUCUUGAAGUAGCUGCAGAAGCUGAAAAGGAAGAUUUAGCACAGGAGCAGCCGGACAAGGCUAUAGUUGUCGCAGAAAAGAUGUCCUGUGACUAGUGCCGAGGCUUUAUCAGCGACAUCCGAGACACUGUUGUACUGUCCGAGGAGCGUUGUAGAUCUUGCAAUGCGAAAAUGGGUUCUCCCCCUCCGGUGAAUAAUCUGUCUGUAAAACUAAUACCUUUUCUGUAUAAUGUAUAUUCUAUUCAAAUCACUAUGGCUCUUGCAAUUUUGGAAUGCGGGCAUUUAGAUAGACCGUAGAGUUAGGCCUGUUUUUUCCUUCUGUCCUAGUGGCUUAUCUACUGUUGGAGAAGAACCUGGGAAGCUUUGUGUUUGAUCUAGUUAUGUAUAUGCAUGAUGAAAAAAAUUCAUUAGAUCUAGUUAUGUAUAUACAAGACGAAAAAAAAUUAUUGAGAUACUU